CGGAGGGCCCAGCAAUUCCAUUAAACUAUAACCUAAGACUUCCACCCGGCCACCGUGAGCUCCGCAUGCCUCUGAAUCAACAGGCAAAGGAGAGAGCCGCGGCGUGGGCUGGGGUAACCGAUCCGGCCCAUCGAGAGGAAGCUAGAGGACCGCUCUCCUGCAGAGGUCAUCUUGAACAUUCCAAAUACCUCCCAUUACUUGAUGCUGUUGAUAAAAUCAGGAUGGCUUUGAACUCAAGGUCACCGCCAGGUGCUGGACCUUACUACGAAAACCAUGGCUACCAACCGGAAAACUUCUACACCCGCCAGCCCGCCGGGGCUCCCGGUGUCUACCCUGCGCAUGCGGCUCAGUACUACCCGUCCCCGGUUCCCCAGUACGCCCCGAGGGUCCUGACCAACGACUCGACUCCCACCAUCCGCACGCGGCCCAAAUCCCCGACGGGAGCUGCGUGCUCCUCAAAGACUAAGAAAGGGCUGUGCAUCGCCCUGGCCCUGGGGGCCGUCCUCGUGGGAGGCGCGCUGGCCGCCGGCCUGGUCUGGAAGUUCAUGGCGAGCAGGUGCGUGGGCUCGCAGGUGGAGUGCGGCUCCUCGGGCAUGUGCGUGAGCCCGGACCUCUGGUGCGACGGCGUGUCCCACUGCCCCGGCGGCGAGGACGAGACCCGGUGCGUUCGUCUCUACGGACCGAACUUCAUCCUUCAGGUUUACUCGUCGCAGAGGAAGUCCUGGCACCCCGUGUGCUGGGACUACUGGAGCGAGAGCUACGGGCGUGCCUGCAGGGACCUGGGCUACGGUGAGAAUAAUUUUUAUUCUAGCCAAGGGAUAGCAGACGACAGCGGGGCCACGAGCUUCAUGAAGCUGAACGCAAGCGCCAGCAGCCUCGACAUCUAUAAAAAGCUGUACCACAGUGACUCCUGCCCUUCGAAAGAGGUGGUGUCUCUGCGCUGCAUCGCUUGCGGGACCACCUCGAACUCGAGCCGGCAGAGCAGGAUCGUGGGGGGCUCGGGCGCCGCGCUGGGGGACUGGCCCUGGCAGGUGAGCCUGCACGUGCAGAACCUCCACGUGUGCGGAGGCUCCGUCAUCACCCCCGAGUGGAUCGUGACAGCCGCCCACUGCGUGGAACAGCCUCUGAACAGCGCGCGGCACUGGACGGCGUACGCGGGGAUUCUGAGACAGUCCUUCAUGUCCUACGGAGGCGGAAACCGGGUGGGAAAGGUCAUUUCUCAUCCCAACUACGACUCCAAGACCAAGAACAAUGACAUCGCGCUGAUGAAGCUGCAGACGCCUCUGACUUUUGACCACAAUGUGAGGCCAGUGUGCCUGCCCAACCCGGGCCUGAUGCUGGCGCCGGAGCAGCCCUGCUGGAUCUCCGGGUGGGGGGCCACCGAGGAGAAAGGGAAGACCUCGGACACUCUCAACGCGGCCCAGGUGCGCCUCAUCGAGCCCUCCAAGUGCAACAGCAAAUACGUCUACAACAACCUGGUCACGCCCGCCAUGGUCUGUGCAGGGUACCUGCAGGGGACCGUCGAUUCCUGCCAGGGUGACAGCGGAGGGCCUCUGGUCACUAGGAAGAACAGCAUCUGGUGGCUGGUCGGGGACACCAGCUGGGGGUCCGGCUGCGCCAAGCCUAACCGACCGGGAGUGUACGGGAACGUGACCGUGUUUGCAGACUGGAUUUAUCAGCAAAUGAAGGCAAACAGCUGAUCCUCGUGGCCUUUGUCCUUGACUUCGUUCCACAAGAAAAUGGAAGGGCUGGCUUUGGUUCCCCGUGCGUGAUUUAUUUUUAGAGAUGAUUCAAAGGUCCUUUCAUUUGUAUUAAACAGUGAACUUGUCUGACGAUGGCACUCUCCGCCGUUCUGUGCAGGCCGCGGUGGCUCCCCCGGCCCCAGCCCCAUUCCCUCUGACCCCUUGUCCAGAGGGGCGACAGCCCAGCUGGGCCAGACGCAGAGGAGCAGGGUGGAGGCUGCCCUGCGGGACCUCCCUUCUGCGCCUGUUCCGGGGGCUGCUCCUCCAUGAGCAGGGAGCUGUCACCUCUCAGCUGCUGGACGGCUUGAGUUUGAAAAGGGGACGGCCACCUGCAUAGCCCCGCGGCCUGGCUCUCCACAAGGGGUCUUUGCCAAUCAUGUUGUAGUGCCUUCUUAGCAGCCCCUGACGGUGUCUCCAAAUAGAGGGACCAGCCCUUUAUUUGGGUGGCCACGUGCUAGUCACUUGCAAGGGCAACAGAAACCUUUUAUUUUUUUCCCUCCUUGCGGGGACGGCAGUGUAGACAGCCCUCGGUGCAAGGGAAGCGGUCACAGAGGUGGCUCCUGGUGCAGGUCUCCACCUGCACGUCCUGGCAUCCUUGGGGGAAGCCCCCGAGGCCCCUCUCCAGCCCCCUCGCAGAGUGUGCCUGACCUUGGUCCUGGCAGGGGGCCGAGCUGGGCACCGUGCGGACCCUCUCUGCACCUGCCAAUCAAUCGCUGGCAAUCGAGUCCCCUGGGGCCAUCAGGGAUGUGUGGUUUAGGAUAAGUGCAUCCUGUUUCCUUGUCGUGUUUCUACCUGCUGCUACCUCAGUGCUGGAUUCUUGGCCUCUGACGCCUCCAAGGAGUCCAGGCAUUUGGCUCUCGGAGAUGUUGUCGUCCUGGCCAAGGACGUGCAGGGCACCUGAAUGACCUUCACGGAAGGACUGGCUCCCACAGACGUGCUGAAGAAGAGAAGGACGUUGCGUUCCGGACUUCCUGUGGUCCCUUCCAACACCCAGGGCUCCGUGGGGGCCGGGGUGGGGGGUCCCUCUCGUGCCGCCGUGAGUGCUGCUCCACCGUGGUCCUGCCUCCUUUCCAAGCACGCUGGUUUUAAAAGAAGGAAAUGAAUGCUUCUCUUGCUAGGACCUAACCUUGAAACAGAACCCCAGCCGCAGCCCAGGACACUCCUGUGCCAUGCGCCUCGUGGGGGGGGUUGUCCCCAGGGGCCUGGGACACGGCACCGCGGGGCAUCUGCCCCCCCAGCCAGGUAUCACACAGCCUCGUACGGCGAAAGCGUCUUCCUCCUGUGCCGUUCCUUUUUAUUUAUGUGACUGACGGUUCGUCUUCUGUUUUGUAUCUUUUUUUAAAUUGUGAAAUUCCAUUGUCAAAUUGAAUGUCAUGCAAAUAAAUUAUAUGGUUUUUUUCCACGUA